CGUAAGUCAUGCAGAAUACUAUGACGGCUAAACCUGACUCGAGAUAAUAUUCCACUCUUUCCACAUCACUGAUCAAGUCAUCAAGACCAUCACUAUUCAGUAUUCACUGCCCACUGGAGCUGACUGCUGAGCAAUACGAACCAUCCCACCAACCCCGGAAAGUCUGAAUGAUACCACAACUGACACUCAUCAGCAUUUUCAAUUCCCCGAAACUGAACAGCUAGAAAUCCAUCGAAUUGGUCUUCCUCUGAACACCUCCCUCGCAAUGGGCCUUGUCUUCAAGGCCCUUGCGCCGGUGCGAUACGUGCUCAAUUUAUUACUCCCGUUCACGAAGCCGGCAACACCUAUAUGGCGAGACAUUCUGCAUAGCGUCGUGCUGUGCACACUCCUCUAUUAUGGCCCGGAGAUAUCAAGACUAUGGUGGGUAGAGGAGGAGCGAAGAGAAAUCCCCGAUGACGGCAGACAUCAGGAGCCUAUAAACGUCGCCGACGACACCAAUCCGGUUCCGGAAGCAGGACCCGGCCAGGUCGAAGUAUGUCAAACGUUCUACCAUCAUCUCACCGAAACUGACCUCAUCCGCCAGAUUCCUCGCGCGCCCACUCCCCCAACCCAACCCAACCGCUUCCAAUACGUCGAAGACGACUCCGACGCCGACGACCGCCCACCCCACCCCGCCCCCGACGCCGAAGACCUCCUUCCCGCCCCCGUCCACCCCCUCCAACAAAUAUUCCCGCACAUCUUCCCCAACAUUGCCGCUCCAGACAACCCGAUGGAAUUCCCGCCGCCGCCCCCACCCCCGCCGCAACCCCCGCAGCGACCGCAGCGACCGCAACCCCCACCCCCCGCGCAACGCGGCGACCGUACGGUCGGCAAGAAGAAAUCCGCGUCGCUGCAGCGCAAGGAAGAACGGCGGGCGUACAACGAGUUCAUGAGGUCGCAGGGGAACGCGGCGCGGGAGGCGAUCGCGGCGGAGCAGGCGGAGCGGGCGGGGCGGGAUGCGGAGGAGAAGAGGCGGAGGGAGGAGUAUGUACGGCAGACGGAGGAGAGGCAGAGGAAGGAGAGGGAGGAGAGGAUGAGGAGGGAGAGGGAGGCGGAGGAGGAGAGGCGGGAGGUGGUGGAGAGGGCGGAGAGGGAGGUGAGGCGGAGGGGGGCGGUGAGGUUGGUGGAGUUGGCGGCGAGAGGGAAGAAGGGGAGGGAUGAGGCGUGGGUGGAAGGGGUGCUGAAAAGAGGGGGGGUUCUGGGUAAGGGGAACGGGGCGGUGAUUAUGAUUACUGAGACGGGGUGGUUGGUGAGAGUCGAUGAGGGCCGCAUGGCAAAAUUCUGGGAAGCGGCUAGCAAGGAGGCCGAGGUGAAGGAUAAGCUUGAGAUGGAAGAUAUGGCGGCGGUAUUGGGUCGAGUGUUGGUGCAGCAGAGCCGGGAAAAGGGAUGAGCGGGAAUGCCGUUGGCCUAGUUGGACUCCAUCUAAUAGCUCGAACACCUUUAUGUUCUUCAUACCCGGCAAAACAAUCCCCGGACGGAAAGGCAUGAAGCGGCUCCCAUGCUCUUCAAGAAUGUCGCAGAGACUGCCCGUGUUUCAAUAUCUGCGUAAUAUGUCUUAGACGAGGGCAUGAAGGCCGCAGGGCAAUGUAUCUGAUGAGAUAGAUGAGCGUGGAGUCUGUUAAACUCCUGCAUCUCACCAUAGAUAUAUAAGGCACUAUGGGAAGUAAUCAUCACUGUCUUAGCCGUGACACCCAUGACGAAGAGA